UCUGAGCAACCUUGUCCUGUGGGGGAUGGUGCCGGAAUUCAGCAGGAGAAGACAUUUUCCUGCCCCGAGUGCGGGGAAAGUUUUAGCUCUGAAUCAGAUCUUUGUGUUCAUCUGAGUUCUCACAUUGGUGACAAUUCUUUUUACUGUUAUGAGUGCGGGAAAAGUUUUCUUCGUAAAUCAGACCUUGUCGUACAUUACAGAUCUCACACGGGGGAGAAGCCAUAUUCCUGCCCUGAGUGUGGGAAAAGCUUUGCUCAAAAGAGUGAUCUUAUCCGACAUCAGAGAAUACACACGGGGGAGAAGCCGUAUUCCUGCACUGAGUGCCAGAGAAGUUUUCCAUAUAAGUGGCAUCUUAUGGAGCAUCAGAGAGUACACACGGGGGAGAAACCAUUUUGCUGCUCUGAGUGCGGGAAAUGUUUUUCAUCAAGCUCCUCUCUUACUACACAUCAGCGAAUACACACGGGGGUGAAACCAGAAAAGCGCCAGAAAAGUUUUUCAAAAAAGUGCCAUCUUACCAAACAUCGGAGAACACACACAGGGGAGAAGCCAUAUUCCUGCCCUGAGUGUGGGAAAGGCUUUGCUCAAAAGUGUUAUCUUAUCCAGCAUCAGAGAAUACACACGGGGGAGAAGCUGUAUUCCUGCACUGAGUGCCAGAGAAGUUUUCCAUAUAAGUGCCAUCUUACCAAACAUCAGAGAUCACACAUGGGGGAGAAGUCAUAUUCCUGCUCCGAGUGCGGGAAAUGUUUUUCAGCAAGGAGCUCUCUUAAUACACAUCAGAGAUUACACACGGGGGAGAAGCCAUAUUCCUGCUCCGAGUGCGGGAAAUGUUUUUCAGCAAGGACCUCUCUUAAUACACAUCAGAGAUCACACACGGGGGAGAAGCCAUAUUGCUGCUCCAAGUGUGGGACAGGUUAUUUACGGAAAGCCUAUCUUUUCAGUCAUCAUUGUUUGCACAAGGAUGAGAAGCUAUAG